CUGAAGCAUCAGCUGGAAGCUUUUGCUUCAGCCUGGUAAAACCCAUUUGUGCAGAUGUGAGCAGAGGCUCGCAGCAGAGAGCAGGACAUUCCAGCGUGGAGUCCACAGCAUGAAGACGCUCUUACUCAGCUGUUUGCUGCUGCCGUGGCUGCUGUCAGCCGCGGCCCGCCACUUCGACCCAGACUCACAGCUCCAACGGGGAUCUCUAGCCGGCCAGGAAGUCCAAGGAUACUUCAACGACUACACCAGAUCCACAAGACUCAAAAGGGCGAUGUCUUCUGAAAUGGAUAUUACAGCUGAUGAACCUGAUGACGGCCCAGUUUCAGCAACCGGAGAGGCCAUUGACUUGCCCACCUGCCUGCUGUGUGUGUGUCUGACGGGUUCCGUCUACUGUGAGGAGGUCAGUCCAGACAUGACCACGGUUCCAGCCCUACCCAAAGAGACGGCCUACCUAUACGCCCGCUUCAACAAAAUCAAAAAAAUCCACACCAAAGACUUUGCUGACUUUGCGACUCUGAAGAGGAUCGACCUGUCAGGAAACAUGAUCUCAGAGAUUGAAGAUGGGGCAUUCGCCAAACUUACGCUGCUGGAGCAACUGUCUCUGGCUGAAAACCAGUUGGUCAAAUUACCCAUCCUCCCUCCUAAACUCAUUUCCUUCAACGCCAACUCUAACCUCCUCAAGACCAAAGGCGUCAAAGUCAACGCUUUCAAAAAACUGACUAAGCUGGUCAACCUGUACCUGGCUAAUAACCAGCUGGAAGCUGUUCCACACAUUCCUGAGAGUGUCCAGAUCCUACAUCUACAGAACAACAACAUCACAGAGAUCAACAGAAGCACCUUCUGCAAAGCCAACGACACCUACUACCUUCGACCGACCCUCAGCGAAGUCCGCAUAGACGGAAACCCGGUGGUACUGUCCAAGUACCCCGACAGUUUCACCUGUCUGAAGGUACUGCCUGUCGGCCGGUACCGCUGAGGACCAAAAAACUUUCGAGGAUCUGGUUUCCUGAGGGAUCCCGUGGCACUCUGGAUUUUGAGAUGCCAGUCCAACAGCACGGGGAAAAACUAUUUUACUUUGCCAAUCCCACAUCAGCUAGUGAGACCGUAACAUCCAGCACUUACCCAACGAUCCGUAGUUAGAAACUCGCACACGAAGCCUCAUCAUCGUAGGCUGGAGCCUAUCCCAGCAGACAUAGGGCACGAGGCAGGCUACACCCUGGACAGGACCCCAGUCUGUCACAGGGUCAGUUAGGAUACAGACAUUAAAAUUAAAAGUUGAAAACGUGACUACAAUCAUCCCAGGGUAGUAAACCCACCCCUGAUUACUGAUGUCCAAGCCAAAAAAAACAUACAGAUAGAUAUUCUAAAAGAAUUUAGUACCAGACUUAUUGCUCACUAUGGCCAUUCUAUGGGUGAGAAAUGGAAUAGUUUAAUUACAAAAAUACUUUUCUUCUUAAAUGUCUCAAAAGAAUUUCUAGAAGUAAAUGUCACACUUUGGACAAUAUCUGUCAUCGUAUGAAUUUCAUUUUAAUUAUUCCAUUAAAAUUCCUUUUCAUAUGUGUAACUGACAUGUAGAUUUGUAAACUGCAAGUGUUUAAUCAGUAUUUUGUGACGUACCAUCACUUUAUAAGCAUUUUAAUUUAUAGACUCCAGCUGAAGUGAUGUGGAGAAAAAAAAUGUAUCUAUGAAGUAUAUUAAUGUGAAAUGUACUUUGCCCGUUAUUUAUCCACUUGUAAGAUGUCUUGCUACUUAGUAAAGCCUUCCCCUCCAGUAUUAAUAAUGAGUGAAAUACUUACACAUGUGAAUAAGAUAGUGGUGUACAGGAAGAUGUGUAUGUGGCUGUUUUAAGAUGUUUUAAUAAAAGUCAAACUUUUU